AUGGCUUUCUUUGUGAAAAAUAUGAUAAGUAACCAGGUGAAGAAUUUAGGAUUUGGAGGUGGGUCUGAAGAAAAGAAAGAAGAAGGAGCCACCUCGGACCCCGCAGCAGCUCAAGGGAUGACUAGAGAGGAAUACGAGGAGUACCAGAAGCAGAUGAUUGAAGAGAAGAUGGAGAGAGACGCUGCAUUUACUCAGAAGAAGGCAGAGAGGGCAUGCCUCCGAGUCCACCUCAGGGACAAAUACAGGCUCCCAAAGAGCGAAAUGGAUGAGACACAAAUCCAAUUGGCUGGGGAUGAUGUGGAUUUGCCAGAAGAUCUCCGAAAGAUGGUAGAUGAAGACCAAGAUGAGGAAGAGGAGAAGGAUUCUAUCCUUGGGCAGUUGCAGAACCUCCAGAACAUGGACUUGGAUGCCAUUAAAGAAAAGGCUCAAGCCACCUUCACAGAAAUCAAGCAGUCGGCAGAACAGAAGUGCUCUGUGAUGUGA